GCCGACGUGCGGGAGAGACAUCUGGUCCAAUUUGAACACUUGAGGUUUAAACGUGUCAUGGCGUCUCUUCUGUUUUUGUUGCUGUCUUCGUCCUCUGUGCUUUGUCCCGUAGCCUGUCUCUCAGUGGACAUGAUGGAGUGGAGUGAUGCAGUGGUGGCGCGGGAGGGCAUCUUGGCCACAUUAGUCUGUAUUGAUGAGAACGCGACAGGAGCAGUGUCUGUGAACUGGAUGGUGAAAUCGCUGGGGACAGAUCGAUGGAGGCUCGUGCUCUCCGCCAACGAGAGGAAGGAGUUCUCUGGUGGAGCGGCGAAGGACCAUAUGCAGCUGACGGAUCACAACUUCCAGGAUUCCGGCGUGUUCUCUCUGGCUUUCCGGCCCGAGAUGGACGACGGCGGGCUGUACAUGUGUCUGGUCAAACGCCGCCAAAACAUUCUGAUGGAGAGAGUUGUCCUGCUGAUGGUUUUGGAAGUGACCGUGGCCCCCCCCUCCCCUGUCCCUCAGCUCAGCACCCUGCGUCUCCUCGCCAACGUCCAGCCCGACAUUGCAGUCCGUAAAAUCACGUGGAUCGCUCCCGGAGAUAUUGCGAUGAAAACAGAAAAAGUCCCAAAGUUUGGAAUAAUAACCAAACUGCCCCAAGUCCAGAACAGUGAUGAUGGAGCCUAUGUGUGCAUGGUGUACCCCAAAGGAAACAGCUCCAAUGCCUUCUUCGCCUUCAAUGUGGAUGUGGCUGUGGAUGCAGACAGAGUGGCCUCCUUCACCAACAUAAACCACGGUCAGCAGAUUUCCACAGCUGUCCAGUCCCAGUCCGUCCUCCCCCUGUCCUGUCCUCAAGCUCCGGGGGACUACGUGAUGUUGUACUGGAGACCCCCGGACGCCAAGAACGAGAAUACUAGACUCGUGCACCAGUUUGACCGCUGGAGGGGCUUCACGCUGACCACAGAGCUCAGUAACAGGCUGCAGCUGGCGGGACCCCCGUACGACCCCCAGGAGGGCAGCUUCUCCUUCCUCCUCAGCCCCCUGAUCCGGGACGGGGGUCUGUACAUGUGCGAAGUGUUUAGCAACGACGACGCCUUCAGCCUGCGCACCCUGCUCACUGUCGUCAGAGUGAAGGCCAGGACUUUACCCACACAGUUGGAGCUGGACUGCAGAUACUCGGAGCUGUCCCAGGUCAGGAGAGCCAUCUGGACACAUCCCAACCAAAGUGUGCGCCUCCAGAUGGACGGCAGCCCGGGCCACAUCACCACCUCCAUCGAUUUACCCGUGAGGGCGGAGUCAGCCGGGAACUACACCUGUGUGAUCCUGCUCAAGAACAAGCAGACUGUGAGAGCCACCUACACCGUCAGCCUGCACCCCAGCACCACCUCAGAGGGAUCAGAAAGUGUUGAAGUCACAGCCUCCUCCCUGCUCCCCUCACUCUCCGCUUUGUUACUCAUUGUGCCCCUGGUUGCUGCGGUUGUCGGUGCGUUACUAUGGAGACGGAGACACAUUUCAGAUCGUGGUGUGGAGCAGUCUCUGUCGGUGCGCUCGGGCGAAGCUGAAAACAUCUAUGAAAAUCCCGAGGACAUAAGACAGGCUCCUCCCCAGGGUUCAGUCUACAUGGAUCUGAAGCCAAGAGGAGAGGACGCGGUCUACAAGGAACUGGAGCUGCACAAGGCACGAAGCAUCACCUAUAUGAGCAGUGUCAGAGCUGAUGACCUGCGCACGUCUGAUCCUCCACCAGCUGUCACAAGCACUCAGGUCCCACAGCAGCAGAAGACGAAGAAGGCAACCGUAAACUAA